AUGUCUACCAACAAGAGUAAGCUCAGCAAAGACAGUCUGUACAAGGCCAUCGAUCAGGUUUUAGAGGGAUCCGCGAACCCCAAGAGGAAGUUCCGAGAGACGGUCGAACUGCAAAUAGUGCUGAAGAACUACGACCCCGCUAAGGACAAGCGUUUCUCUGGAACUGUCAAGUUGCCGCACAUUCCUCGACCGAAUGCCAAGAUCUGCGUAUUGGGAGAUGACGCUCAUUGUGAUGAGGCCAAGGCCAACGGAUUCGAAUCUAUGGAUGUGGAGGCCAUGAAGAAAUUGAACAAGGACAAGAAGCUAGUGAAGAAACUGGCCAAGAGGUACAGGGCGUUCGUUGCUACUGAUUCUGUUAUCCGACAGAUCCCCCGUCUGCUGGGUCCCGGUUUGAACAAAGCGGGUAAGUUCCCCACCCAGGUGACCCACAACGACCAACUGGUGAACAGAAUCAACGAGGUCAAGAGCACCAUUAAGUUCCAGAUGAAGAAAGUGUUGGUUUUGGGCGUGGCUAUUGGCAACGUGACGAUGGAAAACAAGCAGCUGUACGAGAAUAUUACUCUGGCAGUGAACUUCUUGGUGUCGUUGCUUAAGAAGAAUUGGCAGAAUGUCAAGUGUCUCUACAUCAAGAGCUCAAUGGGCAAGCGACAAAGAAUCUACUAA